GGUAACUUAAUUUGGUAACAGCUGGCAAUUGAGGCCUCGCUUCCCAAUCCAACACGUCGCCGAUGGCACCACCAGUCUUCUCUCUCGCUCCUUCACUUUCUUCUUCUUCUUCUUCGUGCCUGCAACUUCACCGACGAUUUUUCUCUCCGUCUCUUAGAACCUCAGCUUCUGCAUCUUCUACUUCGAAUUCAGCGCCCAAAGUCGUAGUCACUAGAGAACGAGGCAAAAACGGCAAGCUCAUUAAAGCUCUGGCGAAAUAUGGGAUAAGUUGUUUGGAGUUUCCACUGAUUCAGCAUACACAGGGACCUGAUUCAGAUAAACUAUCUUCUGUGUUAUGCGCAGAUAGUGCGUUUGACUGGAUCAUUAUAACUUCCCCUGAAGCAGGCUCUGUCUUCCUGGAGGCAUGGAAGGUAGCUGGAAUGCCAAAAGUUAAGGUAGGGGUUGUAGGAGCUGGCACAGCAAGCAUUUUUGAGGAAGUAGUGCAAUCAUCAGAGAGAUCACUUGAUGUUGCCUUUACACCAUCAAAAGCAACUGGUAAGGUUUUGGCAUCAGAGCUUCCAAAGAAUGGAAACAAAAGAUGCACUGUAUUGUACCCAGCUUCUGCAAAAGCAAGCAAUGAGAUUGAACAAGGUCUGUAUAAUCGUGGAUUUGACGUUGUCAGACUAAAUACAUACACAACUGUGCCUGUUGGUCAUGUUGAUGAAAUGGUUCUGAAGCAGGCAAUUUCAGCCCCUGUUGUUGCAGUUGCUUCACCUUCUUCAGUUCGAGCCUGGGCCAAUCUUAUUCCAGAAUCAGAGGAAUGGAACAAUUUAGUGGCCUGUAUUGGGGAGACAACUGGAUCAGCAGCGAAAAGAUUAGGUUUUAAAAAAGUGUACUUUCCAAGACAGCCUGGUCUUGAAGGGGGGGUAGAUAGCAUCCUUGAGGCCUUAAGAGCACACAACGAUUCCUAGAAGUCGCUUUUUUCUUUUCAGCUCCCAUUAUUCUUUGGCAGGCUGACAAGAUUGAUGCAGUCUUGCCAAAGUGGCUGCAUGCAAAAACUGGCUGCAAGAUGCAAGAUGCAAGAUGCAAGACAAGGAUGCAAUUUUUCAAGCAGCAGAAGAGAAGCCUGAAUGUAACAGUAUUCGGAGGGAUCAACAAUGUUGGUGGAACUCUCCUAUGAGGUUAGUGAACAGGCUAUUCAGAUCAGGUUGCUGGCCGGGAAGAAAGCUAUGGAGAUGAUAUUGCCAGAAAAACUCUCAACUUGUGUUUGCAUUUUUCCCUCUGAGAUUCAGUUAGUGUAUAUUUGUCAAAACUGAAGUGCCAUGUGCCACUAGAUGAGCUGAACUGCAAGCAGAAACAUAUAUUAUGGGUACUGUUAGUCUGUUAUGUUGCCUAUUUUUAUCAUCUUACAACACUGUUGCGUAGUAUUAGCUUAUAAUGGAAAUUAGACGUUUUGUGCCAUCAAUGCUUGGAUAGCAUUGCCGUACUCAAA